AUGAUGUUUAACGGGCUGCUGGUGUGCGGGGACUCUGAUACGAGCGAUUUCACUAAAGAGAGCAUAGGCGCCUCGAGUAUAGCUGAGAGUGCUUUAAGUGAUCCGCUCUCGACCACGGAGUGCCUUCAAAGCAAGCUCUUGGCCACUAUGCAGAUACUGGAAAAUAAAGAGGAGACUAUUCGAGUGCAAGCGCAGAGUCUGGCGCUAGCUGAAGAGAGGAUAUCGGCGCUGACGGAACGCGCUGAAAUAUUUCGACGGCAACUCAGUCAGUUGCAGUCGCCGCGUAUUUCCGAACCCCGUCUGGUGGAGAAGACCGACAUCUCAAUCAGCACCGAUAUGCAUCAGGAUGAGAUGUGUCAAAAGCAAAUCGUGUCGAGUUUGCAGGACAGCUUGUCAGUUAUCGAGGAUCUUUACAGGGAAUGCUUUUAUGAGACGGUGAAACAAGAAGAAUUGAUAGAUUUACUUAGAAAGUCGUUCUUAGACAUUCGCAUUAAGGAGAGGGAGAAAACGGAACAGAUUGGACGCUUGCAGAAUGUUGUCAACUCGCAGAAGUGGUCGCUCGAUAGGUGCCAGGAUAUUGCCAUGGAGGUGGAGAAUUUGAAGUCGGAAAUAUCGAAUUUCUUAAACAACUCCAACAGCGAUUCGGGCAUGUGGGAACGCGAGGAGUCACUGGCGGGCGAGUUGGGUGGGGAGCUGCAACACAUCAGCGGACAGCUGCUGCGGCUCAGGGAACUACUGGUUGGCGAUUGCACGUGCGGCUUGCGAGAUGAAAACGUGAAACUCAAACAGAUCAACGAGGAUUUAGUGAUUCAAGCCAAAGAUUUGCGCCAGCGAGUGCAUGAACUGGAAGUGGCUAUAGAAGACAAGGAUAAAGUGAACUUGCAGUACCAACGACAACUCGAGCUAAAAGAUCAAGAGUUUCGACGCAUGGCGCAACAGCUGUCCACGUUGGAGGAGAGCUCGAAGAACCAGAACGUGACCUGCGACUCUAUGACUCGCCAACUGCAACAACUUCAAACGUUGCUGAAGGACAAGAGCGAAGAGCUGGCCGGGCUGCGGAAGCAGUGCGAGGUUCGGGAGUUGUCAGCCGCCGAGUUACAACAGCGGCUCGAUGACGCACAGCUGAUUAUUGAGGAGGAGCGUGGUGUCCGCUCGGAGGUGCGGGAGCUGGGCGAGCAGGUGUGCAGGUGGCGCGAGCAGCUGCAGCAGCUGCAGGCCCAGCUGCAGGCCGCGCGCGCCCACAGCGCACGCGUCGCGCAGCAGUACCGGGAGGAGGCGCGGUGUGCGGGCCGGCUGCGCGGCGAGCUGGCGGAGGCGCGGCGGCGCGGCGCGUUGCUGUGCGCGAGCGCGCGCCGCCUCGCGUUCGAGCUGCGCGCCGGCCUCACGCGACAACGCAGCCGCCUGCGAGAACAAGAAGAGAAGAUAAAAGCACAAGAAGUAAUGAUCCGCACAUUGCAACAGUCAUCAGACAGGAGACAUAAUAGUGCAAGUGAUAAUGAGCCUUGCUGCUCCAGAUACAUUCCUCGAGAGGAAACUAGGAGAAGGAACGAUUGUGCGAUCUCGACCACCAACGACAUAGCCGAUUGUCUAAAGUGUACUCUAAUGAAUCGAAAAACAAGAGAUGAUACAGGUAGCCAAACUGGUAGCUGUUCAGAGUACAGACAUAUGAUGCGAGAAAGAACAAGAGAACUGGAACUCACAAGUGAAAGCGAGAUAAAUAGCUGCUCGGUUCCUCCAAAACCGCCAAGAAGGCUUCUUAGAAAAAAGAAAUCAUUUUAUAAUAACGGCCGAGAGAUGUCACCAACAGAAGAGUUACUGGAGCGUGUGCGAGUAGUGCACGAGGCGUUCGACACCGCACACCGCCGCUGGACGCGCCCUGCGCACACGCGCGCGCACACACACACGCACGCAGCUACGCAUGGACAUGCGACACGCGGACCCAGCGCAGACACAACACGUACACACCAGGCGCACCAUGCAGACGUAGCGACCUCGCGCAGGCAUGACACGAAUACAAUAACUCAUGGACAUACAAAACACGAGCACACGUAG